AAAAAACACUACAAGACCAUGACAGCAAUAAACAAAUAUUUAAUACAAGUAUGAACGUAUCAAAAUUUGUUCCAACAAUCGCACAAAUAUCUAGUUUCAAACAUGUAACAAUGCGCGCUCAGCAACAAUACUAUGCUAUCAGGAACCUAUCCGCCUGGAUAGACUGCACAUAUUUAAGCCGGCACCAUCAAUUUUCGUGUAGUAGUAUACCAAAGGCAGUGCAAGCGGGCAGUUUUGUAAGCUAUAGACAAUACUCAACAGUGAUUGCGCAGAAACAAGUAGCAGCAAAGAAAAAAAUGACUAAACUCACCGAACAAGAACGAUCAGAACUACUUCAACCUCUUCUGGAUGCUGGCUGGUCUCUGGUGAAUGGUCGUGACGCCAUUUACAAAGAAUAUUUAUUUAAGGAUUUUAAUGCUGCUUUCAGUUUUAUGUCCGGUGUUGCACUGCUUGCCGAAAAACUGAACCACCACCCGGAGUGGUUCAACGUUUACAAUAAGGUGCAAGUCACAAUGUCUACACAUGAUGUUGGUGGUCUUAGUGCGAAAGACAUUCGCGUCGCAAAAUAUAUGGAGGAACAGGCCAAACGCCUAAUUUAAUUUAGUAAUGAAAUAUAUAUUGUAGAAUUUUGUUAAUUAUUCAGAGUUGUAAAAUAAAGGAGAAAUGUAAACUUAA